AUUCUAAUCGGCGUAAUCCCUUUUGUUGGACACUCGAUUUGGAAUUUAUCGGUUAGAAGGUGACGAGGUUUUCCCUUUUCUUCUUCCUCACAUAGGUAGCUUCAUUUCUUUCGCCUUAGAAAUCAGAAAUUCCAACCCAAAAGCUCUGAUUUCUAGGGUUCCUAUUCACUUUGAGCAAAGCGAAGAGAUAUUUUUUUUGGCUUGUGACCCGAAUUUUAAGCUUUGGGUCGAUAAAUUCUUGAGAUAUCAGUGGGGAUUCUAUCGGAUUCCCCGAAAUCCGGACAUUGUUCGGGGGAUUUCGAUCGUUUCGCAGAGAAUUUCUCUUGGUCCUGGAGUUUAGGAAUGCAGAGCCAGCUUGUUUGUAAUGGAUGCAGGAACCUUCUUCUUUAUCCUAGAGGAGCUACAAAUGUCCGUUGUGCGAUAUGCAAUAUGAUUACUCCAGCCCCGCUUCCAGGUAUGGAAAUGGCUCUUAUAUGUGGAGGUUGCAGAACAUUGUUAAUGUAUAAUCGUGGAGCAACAAGUGUGAGAUGCUCAUGCUGCCACACGAUUAACCUUGCAAGACCAGCAUCUAGCAAUGUUGCCCAUGUGAACUGUGGCCAGUGCCAUACAAUGCUUAUGUACCCAUAUGGAGCACCAUCAGUCAAAUGUGCAGUCUGUCAAUAUGUUACAAACAUUGGGACGGGUAACAUGAGAGCACCAAUCCAUGUGCAGAGACCGAAUGGUGCCAGCAUACCCUCAACUUCAACGUUCAUGCCACAUGCCCAUGGCCAAACUGUUGUUGUUGAGAACCCUAUGUCCAUGGAUGAAAGUGGGAAACUGGUCAGCAAUGUUGUUGUUGGAGUUACCACAGAGAAAAGAUAAAUAAGCUGGUAUGGUGGUCAAAUUCCAACUGUAAGUAGUUGUACAAGGUGCUGGAGCUUGAUGUCAAGAAAUAUUUUCCAAUGUUGAGUCUUUACAUAAGAACGAAUAUUGUCAGUAAUAUAUGUAGAGAUAAUGGAAAUGUGUAAUGCCCUUUUUAACUGCAACAUUGUCAAAGCUUUGUUUUGUAACAAAUUCACAUCAGACUCUGUUAAUAUGUACUUAAAACAAUUAUUUAUUUCUUCCCUGAGUUUUGUAUCAAAAUCAUAUUGCUGGAUU